AGAUACCAAAAUAGCUAUAGGACCUGAAAUGCAGAGCCUGGAACUAGCUGAGUAGAGAAGUGAGAGCGAGAAGCGGUGGGGCUGCGUGGGAAGCUUGGAAGUAGAAGGAGAGACAGUUCUGAUGAGCCGGACUCGGAAGUGUGGUUGGCGUAGGGGGCUGUGAGGCUGACUGAGGAGACUAAGGGAGGAGUCUGGCAGUGGGAGCCAGCAAGGAGCUGGCUUGUGCAUGAAGAAGACGGAACAGCAGAAUCAGGGUGAGAUCUAAUGGGUGUUUGGGAAGCUGGAAAACGGGAUUUGCUGGGCAAGCUGCCUGGGGAUGAUAUGAGGAAGGCUUUUGGAAGUGAGGUUUCUCUUAGGUGAUUUUCGUCAUUGGAAACCUUGCAUUACACAGAACUCCAUACUGGGUUCUCCCAUCAGAAAACGUCUUCUGAAGAAGCCUUCGGACUUCAUCGUAAGAAAGACAGAUUUCCACUUUAGAGAUCACAUCAUACUCCUUCUUGUGAAAAUAAUAUGAACCAGAAAGUGAUAGUUUUCCUUCUCCCAAAUUUUAUAUUUGGGAUAUUUCUUUUUGGAUUUUUCUGUAAGAGACAAAAAACCCUAACAGGUGCUUUUCCCGAUCCUGCUGAAAAUUGGGUGGCGAUUCAAAAUGGUCGCAAAAGCACACUGGCUUCCGUCUGCCUGAAGAACAACCUUAAUAAAUUAAAAAGUAAAUUGGAUUCUCAUGUUGCAAACCAGCUCUUUGUGGAGCACAAGCAUAAAUUUAUCUACUGUGAGGUGCCCAAGGUAGGCUGCUCCAACUGGAAGAGAACUAUUUUUCUUCUCCAAGCAGACUUGAAUGCAGAAGCUUCUGAAAUUGAGCACGACCACAUCCACCAAACAUCACUGAUCAAAAAGCUGGUGUCUUAUCCUCCUGCCAUACAAAAGGAAUUUCUAAACAAUUACACCAAAGUGAUGUUCACCAGACAUCCCUUGGAACGGCUGGUUUCAGCUUAUAGAGACAAACUUCUGCAUUCUGAGCCGUUCUACAGUAUCACUGUUGCUAACGAGAUUAGGGCAAUGUUCAGGAAAAACAAAAAUUCCUCUGAAAAAGUGAGUUUCCAUGAGUUUGUCAACUUCAUUAUAGCAAAACCGCCAAAUACUCUUGACAUUCACUGGAAACCAAUGUUUCUGCUCUGUGAUCCUUGCAACAUUCACUAUGAUAUUCUGGUUUUGCUGAGGCAGAGGAAGCUGGAAAUUACUCCCAUCAAAGUUGAGGCUAUGCAGAAGGAUGCAGACUCUCUCUUUUUCCUGAAUCAGAACCAUCUCCAGCUACAUGCUUCUCCUGCUUUCUUUGACAGAUCAUGCAGAGAUAGAGGGGAAUAAGAUUUGCUUCAUAACUCACUUCUACAUGGUAGAGCUCUCCAGAGCUCUAAGUAUAUCUGAAGCUGUAACUAUAUCUAAAAAUACUUUAGUUUUCUGAAACCACCAGCCAGCCUAGGAAAACUCUGAAGAAAUUAUACUGACAGAGUUUGAUAGGUGUCUUUGCUGUCAGCACUCUAGUGUUAACACCCCCCUCCAGUUCCUUGCUGUUAGAUGUCAGUGGCUUUCUGUUCUUAUUUCCUCUUUCACACAGGAUCACGUAUUCUUCCCACAGCGGUGACAGAAAACUGAUGGCUAAUUCAUUCAUCACAAGUGCUAGUCAGUAACAAAAGUGUAUCUAUUGAAGCAGAAAAGUCCCCUAUUCACAAGGGACUUUGAGUUUUGACAUUUGCCAGUAGGAAACUGUAAGUAGCACAUUGCCUUGAAUCACUGGCUGCUGUAAUGCAGGUGUGGUUCUGAACAAAAAAAAAACUGCAGAGGACAUGUGCGUGCAUGUGUGCACAUAUUAACAACAGUUUUAGGAAACAGCAACAUACAAGAAUGGUAUAAAUUGUGGAUUAUCAACAGUAACAAAAUGAAAAUAAUGGGUUGAUAUCUGUCGGAAAAUAGAAAAAAAUGCAUUCUUGAUAUUGUAAUGUAGUAAAAAUUGAUGUUGGCUCUGGACAUUGUCCUAGUCAGCCCACGAGAAUUGCAAGACACCUGUAAACUUUAUGAUGAAAAUUAUAAGAUGACUGUCUCUUUGUGGCCUGGGAGAGAGAUUUCCUGUACUGUCUUCCCCAGAAGUGCACUGCCCAGAACAAGGCUCUAAACUGAGCUGGGCUCCUUCCUGGCUUUUGCCCAGAGAAGAACCUCCAGUGGAGCUUCUUUCCUUUGGAUGCUAACUCGGAGUAAUAUUUUCCUGGGAGAAAAAUGGGUGCUUGCUGUUGGGAGCAAGGGUGUAGGCAGCGUGGAAAGGCUCAGGGGUCCUGGGGUGGAUUUGAAGGGGUAGGGAGUGCCACAAUUCGUCUUCAGAUUUAUUAUUAUAUGCCUGUGAUAUGACUAUUGUUAUAUUUCAUUGCUAAUUACCUUAAUAAACUGUAGUGAGUUAACAUAUUAA